AUGAAGGUGUCCAAGUUACAGAUAUUGUCGCUUGCUGUGCUCGCAGCCAUCCUCCUGUCGCCAGCCGCCGUGGAUGCUGUCUGUGGCCGGUGCGUGAACUCUCACGCGUGCAUUAGCGAGACCCAGUACCAAUUAUGCUUCGAUGGUGUGCGCGACCAGACGCAAAACUACACGUGCCCCAGCGAGAGGGCCAUCUGCACGGAUUACCAUGCCACCUGUAUGGCUAACAGUACGAGUGUGCUAAGGGGCUGCGGAGAUGUUUCCGUAUGCGGUGUUUGUGCCGAUAUCGCCACCAAGUUCACUUGCACCUCGCGUAACACCUUUGCCGCCUGCAGCAAUGGGGCGAUCACCGCGUACACACAGACAUGCAAGAACAAUUUCGUGUGCAGUACGGCUUCAGCUACUGCGGGUACACCCUGUGUCUCCCAUUGCAAGGGCGCAACCGGCGACGUAUGCGAUCUACCUGGGCUAGUUUUCGCCGAUGAAUUACCUAUCGAUACCACCUUAGUGGACACUAGUCCGGUAACCACAGCGUCCCCUUCCGAUGAUCCGACUGUAACCACUGUGAAUCCUUCUACAGCAACAACAGGGAUCACAACAGUAGACCCUACCACAGACUCAACCACAGUAACCCUUCCAACAGACUCCACUUCCACUCCUACAGUAAACACUCCUACUGAGACCACUCCAACCACAGUAACAUCUCCCACAGAGACCACUCCUACUCCCACACCAAAUCCUUCCACAGAUACCACCCAAACCACAGUAAACACUCCCACAGAGACCUCCCCCACCACAGUCACUAUUCCAACAGAACCUAGUCCCACUCCCACUAGACAACUCCAACCACAGUAA